CGACCAGCGGUCUCACCGUUUGGCAGUAUUUUUGAAGCUGCAACUAUAGCAUAUCCACUGCAACUAGCUUUGGGACUGCUUCGCGAAGCCCUGGGAUAUGUUGAAACCUGUGUUGAAACGACAAACAGAAGCUUCCCGAUUAACUUUGAUUUUGGGUUUAACCAAGCCAAAAUUCCUUUGGUAGCUCCGCUUUUAGCUUAGGUGCCUGGCGACAGUUUCUUGCAGGAUGGGCGCAGCAAUAAUAUACAGGAUUGUGGAUUGGAAGCCGUCAGAGGCCCGGCAAAACGCCGAGGUGUUCGUGGGGCGAGCCUGCAUGGUGGUGCUGGGCGGGGCGCUGGCGAUGGUGCUGAGUCAGGUGCUGUUCAUGAUGGGCCUACUGGAUGGGCACAUCGCCCAGCUCGCCGGCAACGCCUCCACCUGCGGCAUGCUGGCGGGCUUCGCGGGCAUCGCCGUGGGGGCUUGCCUGGCGCCACCCAUGUCAUCAUCGCAACACGGCCACGGCCACGGCCACGGCCGCAGCAAAGAGGCUGCCUCGGGGCAGCGGCAGGAUGACGAGGAGCAGGGGCAGAAGCCGGCGUAGAGCGCCUGUGUUGCUGGUAUAGGAUCGUGUGUGUGGCAUUGCAUAUGCUUACAUGUUGUGACGGAUGUGGAGUGGGUGCUGACUGCGUGUUGCCGGUACCUCGGGUGUUGUUUGCGUUUUUAGGGUGCAUGCACCAGAGCACUCCGACUCUGACUGGCUGAUCCCUGACUCUGACUCUGACCCCGUGCAGAUUUCUUGGAGUCCGGCUUUAGAGUAGGUGCAGGGUUCAGCCAGUCAGGGUUGGGCCUGUGCAUGGUUGGCCCGUGCAGGUUUCGUGGGGUCGGGGCUCCGGGUUUGGCCCGGUGCAGGUUUCGUGGAGUCGGGCUAUUGUAGGUGCAGGUUCAGCCAGUCAGGGUUGUAGUUAGAGUCAGAGUCAGUAAUGAACGCCGAAAGGUGCGUGUGUGGUGUCAUGAAAAUGCCGUAAGCCUGCUUCACGUAUUAGUCAUUUUGCGUAGCUGUGGCCUUUGAUGGCAUGCCGUGGCAUGGCAUGCGGCUACGGCAUGAAAUGCGAUGAUCUUCCUGUAUGAAUGCGUGGGUCGACCGUCCGUUCAUGUAAGCUUGCUCUUGCCAUGCUGCGUUGUAGUAGGUUUGUAGGGGAUGGCAAGUUGUUCGGGUCAGCACGGUUUCGCAAACGACAGCGCGUUGUGUAGGGAAUGAUGGUAUGUGUUGUGGCAAGGCACUUUGUGUAGGGAAUGAUGGUAUGUGUUGUGGCAAGGCACGAGCCGAUGCAGGCAGUCGGCCACGAGCACCCGCCUCAUGCACUGGACUCGCGGUGUGCCUCAAACACACACGGCCUCACGCGCGCCCCGGCUGACUGCGUGCCGUGGCAGUCAUGCACUGCUGCCCCCACGGAAGCAGGAGGUGGGCACACAGAAGGCAGAUCGUGCCGGCCCGGUCAUUUUGAGGCUUGGGCGCUGUCGGGGGCAGGUAGAAGUCAAGGAAGGUGUGUGUGUACCUGCAAGCAGGAACUGCGGCAGGCUGCGGUGUUCGUGCGGUAUUGGGAUGGCAAGCCCGAACCGACGCAAAGGCCACGCUGAGAUACAGCCGGGAGGACUACGGCGUCAGCAGUGCUGACAGCAGGAAGCUCGCAGAGUGGUGAGCGCAACCCCGCGCGCCGCGGCUUGACCGGGCAUGGCGGCCUAGGCCAUGCACGGGCCCCAUGCACCAAACACACACGCACGCCACGCCCCCCCUCGUGGGGGGCCUCAUCACUACGUGAACUCCGACCUCCGG